AUUUUUCUCUGUUUUAGAUCUCAAGUUGGUAUCAGAGCAAGUUCAUCCUGCUCUGGUUUCUGUGCUGGGUUAUCCACCAGCACUGUCACUGCUGUUUGCACCUGUCUGGUGCCGUUCGCCGUUGUCCGCGGCUGUCUCGCCACUAUCUGCAGCUGUCAAUUGCAGUUUGAAGUUCUUCAACUUGGUUGUCCGCCAUCUCGCAUCUGUCCGCUGCUGUCCAUCUGGUUCGCCUCUUCACGCGACAGCCAACCCUACCGGUGGGUUCGCCUGAUUCUCCUCCACGCUCCGCCACGCACAGCCUCUUUGUGCGCUACGAACAGGCGCGUGUUGUCCACGCGCCGCUCUCUGCUCACUGGAAAGUCGCCGCGCCACCUCCAUAGUUGUCACCCUCUGCUCCUCUGUCCGUUCUGACCCUCAAAAUCUUACUUUGGUGUGUCCAGAGCUUCCCUUUAAGAAAACCCUAAGAAACCCUCUAGGGUUUUCUAGUUCUUCACGGUUUUUCUGGUUCCUUCUCCUGUUUUUAUCAAAGAAUGGCGUCUGGAAGUGCUCUUUCUUUCUCUGGAAGUCCCUCAAUCACUUCUGAAAAGCUAAACGGAAAGAAUUAUUUAUCUUGGUCUGCUGCUAUGGAAAUGUGGUUCCUUGGUCAAGGACAUUAUGACCACCUUGAGCAAGAUGGGAGCCAAGUACCUUUUGACAAAGCUGAACAAUGGAAACAAACUGAUUUCCAAUUGUGUGCCCUAUUGUGGCAAUCUGUGGAACCCCGACUUUUGAUAUCACUUAAAGCCUUCAAGACAUGUCACAAUUUUUGGAAAAAAGCUCAAAGCAUUUAUGCUAAUGAUAUUCAACGUCUCUAUGAUACCGCAAACAAGCUUGCCUGUCUCAAAAUGACAGACCAUGAUAUGGUCUCCUUCAUGACUGAAGCCCAAGCAGCUGUGGAAGAAUUGAGAAUGUUCUUGGAAGUGGAAUCUUCGGAAGAUAUCAAAAAGAAGCUUGACAAGUAUUAUAUAGUGAUGAUCCUCCGUGCUUUGCAUCCAGAUUUGAAUCACAUCAAAGAUCAACUUCUGACAAGUCAUGAGGUCCCUUCCUUGGAAGCCUUGACCACAUGUCUUCUUCGUGUUCCUGUGCCUCCGUCUCAGGAAGCUCAUGAAACAAUGGAACCAUUUGUCAUGGUUGCCACGCGAGGAAGAGGAGGAUGUGGCACUAGAGGAGGAGGACGUGGAGGUCGAGGACGUCCACAGUGCUCUUACUGUAAGAGGAUGGGUCACACCCAAGAAAACUGCUACUCCUUGCAUGGCUUUCCUUCAAAAACCGCCAAUAUCUCUAAGGCUGAAACUUCCACUUCCAACUCCAAGUUCACUGAGGAAGAGUAUCAAGAGUAUCUGCGAUUAAAGUCUAAUAGUUUGGCGCAAUCAUCUCAGUCUCAAAGUACGUCCACAGCUUGCAUUUCUCAAUCCAUUGAAGGUCUAAAUUCAUGGGUAAUUGACUCGGGUGCUUCUGAUCACAUUUAUGGAGCGUGGCUCGGGGAGACAGAUUGGAGAAGGAUAUGAAGCUGGAGGUUUAUACCAUUUUGGAUCUCGUCCACAGGUAUCUUGUGUUGCAGCUCUUCCCCCUAAAGUGUUACAUGAUCGGUUUGGCCAUCUUCACUUGUCAAAGUUAAAAAAGAUGUGUCCUAAACUUAGUGGUCUUCAGACUUUAGAAUGUGAGUCCUGUCAACUAGGAAAACAUGUUACAUUUGUCUUUCCUAAAAGGUCUCAAUCAAUGUGUACUUCUAGUUUCUCUAUUAUUCAUUCUGAUGUUUGGGGACCUAGUCGCGUCUCUUCUUUUGGUUUUAGGUAUUUUGUUACUUUUAUUGAUGAGUAUUCUAGAUGUACUUGGGUUUAUCUAAUUAAAGAUCGCUCUGAAUUGUUACCCA